AUGAAUCCUUUCUACGGCACCAACAAUUACGACUACUUCUACGGCGGCACAAGCAGCACCAGCGCCACUAAUAUGGAUGGCAGGAGAAAGCUUGCAAACAUUAUCAACAGAAGCGAUGACAGCAGCAUCGCCAUCGGUGGUGGUGGUGGCGGUGGCAGAGAUGUUGGUUUUGAUUUUGACGGCGUCUCCAUGAAUGCACAACCCUCCACAUCACAGAUGCCUUUGCAAGGGACCAACUCCAGAGCGUCUCACAUGGACCACGGUGUCUUCGCUGUGCCACAGCAUCCCGUUCGAUCUGCAUAUCAAAAACGCAACACCAAAUUCAGCGGUACAGCCACGGUGCCACAAGAGUCGCUACCACAACGGCACUUCCAACCUGAUGGUAUGGCAUUCAGUGCCAAAAUCUCGACAAGAAGUGACAUGAGACGACCACUGAGUGAUGCGGAGGUGCAAUGGGCGUUUGAGGGUGUGAGUGACCUGCGCUACUUUGGCGACCCAAAAUUUCAGCUUUUUGUCAGUUCUCUGCCUUGA